UGGUCCUUAUGAAACAACAUUGGUACCCUGUGGGUCAGUCAGCAGCCAGUAUGGAGCCUUUUUUAAGGAAACACUUGACCUUCCUAUCAUUCUUUUGGAACAAGCUUUGGCCCACAAGUGUCCCUGAUGACUGCAUCCCCAGAUAUCCUGGUCCUGAUCCUGUUACAAUGGACCUAGAUCCUGAUCCCGACCCAGAACCUCUUUCUCCAAAAUCAAGCAGCCCUCCUCCCACCGUCCUUUUCAUGGCUCUGUAUGACUUCACAGCCAGGUGUGCAGAUGAAUUGAGUGUGAGCCGAGGAGACAAGCUUUUUGUGAUCAAAGAAGAGGGUGACUACAUUUUUGCCAGGAGGCUCUCUGGUCGGCCAAGCACCGGACUGGUGCCCAUUAAUUAUGUGGCCAAAGCCACUCAGGAGACCUUCUCUGACCAACCGUGGUAUUUUGAUGGAAUCAGUCGAAGCGAAGCUCAGCAGCUUCUACUUUCCUCUUCUAAUCAGCAUGGAGCCUUUCUGGUUCGGCCCAGUGAGAGUAGUCGAGGGGAUUAUUCACUAUCAGUUCGAAUGCAAGCCAAAGUCUGCCACUAUCGAAUUGCCAAGGCCCCAGAAGGUGGCCUGUAUAUUCAGAAAGGUCAAGUUUUCCCCAGCCUGGAGGAACUCCUCAUCUAUUACAAGGCCAACUGGAAGAUUAUCCAGACACCCCUGCUGCAGCCCUGUAUGCAAGAGCGGCCACUGGAGAGGGAUGAAUGGGAACGGCCACGGACUGAGUUUGCCCUUCGAAGAAAGCUGGGAGAAGGCUAUUUUGGAGAAGUAUGGGAAGGCUUGUGGUUGAAUAAGAUUCCAGUUGCCAUAAAGAUCAUAAAGUCUGCUGAUAUGAAGCUUGAUGACUUCACCAAGGAGAUUCAGAACUUAAAGAGUCUAAAACAUGAGAAGCUGAUCAGGUUGCAUGCAGUCUGCUCCAUCGGGGAGCCUGUAUACAUUGUGACAGAGCUCAUGAGGAAAGGGAACCUCCAGAGCUUCCUCAGCAGUCCAGAAGGGAAGGCUCUCAGCAUCAUCCACCUCAUGAGCAUCGCCUGCCAGGUGGCUGAGGGUAUGACUUACCUGGAGGAGAGGCACAUUGUGCACCGGGAUCUAGCUGCUCGAAACAUCCUGGUGGGAGAUGACCUCACCUGCAAGAUUGCAGACUUUGGCCUGGCCAGGCUGCUAAAGGAUGAUAUUUAUUCAACAAAAAGCAGCACCAAAAUCCCUGUAAAAUGGACAGCUCCAGAAGCAGCCAAUUAUAGGAUCUAUUCACAGAAGUCAGAUGUUUGGUCUUAUGGGAUCCUGCUUUAUGAAGUCUUCACAUAUGGACAGUGUCCUUAUGAAGGAAUGACCAACCAGGAAACUAUUCAGCAGAUUUCUCGAGGUUAUAGACUGCCACGCCCACCCACUUGUUCCCCUGAGGUUUAUGUGCUCAUGUUGGAGUGUUGGAAGGGCAAUGCUGAAGAGAGACCUGCCUUCUUUGUGCUCAGGGAGAAACUUGGCUCCAUUUACAGACGUCUCCAUCAUUCCUUCACAUGACCUAAGCCCUGUUACCUUCCCCAUCUUCCUGCCCCAAUACAAAAGCUGUGCAUAUCCCCAACCCAAUCCCUGGCUUUGGGAACAGUUUCCAGUGUCUUCCUAGUGCCUUCUCAGGGGGAAGGGGGCAUCAGGAGAAUGCCUGUAAGGAUCCCAAAGAUCUAUGACAAGACUUAUUGAGCAUGGAUAUGCAUCUGCUGUCAGGCUCCUCACAGAAUCUCAAAAUUGGAAGGCUUCUUAGCCAUGUAGACAAAGCUAUUCCCCCAAAGCCUCCUACUGCCACAAACUGGACAAGCGGUCUUCUGGAAUUUGCUAGAAGAUCUCCAGUGAGAGGAAACUCACUACCUCCCAGGACAACCCCUUCUAUUUUCCUCUUUUUUCCCCUUAUCAUUCCAUUUCCCCUAUGGGAGAAAAGAAUGUAGAGGAGAGGAACCUUCCUUACUGCUCAUCACUCUCAGGAAAGUAUUUAAUGUAAAUAUUGUACAGAGGACAUCUAAAUAUAAGAAAGAGAAUA